CAACGGUCAUUUAAAACACAUCGAUACCUUAAAUUAUAUCCAUACAUAUUAGUAUUAUGUCACUACAAUUGCAAAUUGACAAACUUAAGGGUUUAGACAAUUAUAAAGCUUGGUCGAUGACGGUGCGAGCCUAUUUAGAAGUCGAAGAUUUGUGGACUGUUGUAGAGAAUGGUCCAGAUGGUAGCGACGAGAGUCUUCAAAAAGAUAAACGUGCCAAAUUUAUUAUACUUUGUUUAAUUGAACAGAAACUGUGUCAGUUUAUGGUCAGCAUACGUACGGCAAAGGAUUUAUGGGCCUAUUUGAAAAAGCAACAUUCGUUACGGUGAAUUUGGAAACUAAAACUUUUUGUAGGUGUUAAAAUAACUAAAUAAAGUCUAAUACAAUUUUAAGAAAGAAACAAGUAUAA